CCCUUAUUACUCUUGCACAUAUCUAGCUCUUAUAUUGUUCGCUAACACGUGUGGUAGGUGGUAGUUUGGAAACUCAAAAGAAACAGAUUGAAUUAUGAACAACAAACUAUUCGAUGGGUCAGACGACGAUGGCGACGACCUGCAGAUAUCCACCAACAAGGACUACGCCAAGACCUACAACAAUUUAAGGAAGAAGGAGCUGCUGCAGAAAUAUAAGGACCGUGGCUUGGAUGUGUCGGAAUCCGAAUUCGACAGCGACAGCUCAUCGUCCGAGGAGGAUGAGGUGGAUCCCAGGUUCGACCAGGACUUCUUUAAGACCCUAUCUUCCCUGAAAAGCAAAGAUCCGCGAAUUUACGACAAGGACGCCAGAUUUUUCAAUGAAUCCUCCAGCGAGGAUGAGGAAAACGAUGGAGAGUCUAAGCAAAAGAAGACCAAGAAACUCAAGCCGGUCACUUUGAAGGACUAUGAACGAAAGGUUAUCCUGGAGCACAAUGGAAAGUUCGAAAGCUCGGACGAGGAGCACCAGGAGAAGGAGGAGGAGGAGUUCCAGCGGGCACAAUCACCCACCGCCGUGGAGGAGGAACGCCGGCUGAAAGCCGAAUUCCGAAGUGUGAUGAACCAGGAGGACGAAGGCGAGGAUGAGGAGUUUGGGGGCAUUUUUAAGAAACGCAGCAAAACCCAGGAGCAGACUGAUGCGGAGGAGGCGGACUUUGCCAAGUGGCUGGCUGGCCAGCAGGCGGAAAUCCAGGCGACGGACAAGGAGCAGCUGGAACCACUGAAGCAGUACUGGAGCAGCAAGAAGUUAACACAGGGCGAGAGCUUUCUUAGGGACUACAUCCUCAACAAGGGCUAUGCCAACACUGAUGCCUCCGCCAUUCCCACUUACGAUGAGAUCGUGGGAGACAACGCGCCUCUGUCCGAGGACGAGCAGGAACUGGAGAAGCAGGCGGAGUUUGAGCAAAAGUACAACUUCCGGUAUGAGGAGCCAGAUGCAGAGUUUAUCAAACGCUAUCCCCGCACAAUAGAGCAGUCCGUUCGGCGCACGGACGACAAACGGAAAGAAAAGCGCAAGGAGUUGAAGGAGCGCAAGGAGCAGGAGAAGCAACAGAAAAUGAAGGAACUUGAUCUUAUCAAGGAGAUGAAGCGCAAGGAGAUCGAAGAGAAGAUUCGGAAGCUCAAAGCGGUCACCGGCAACGAUGAGUUGGGAUUCCGAGACGACGAGCUGGAGGAGGACUUCGAUCCAGCGGCCCACGAUCGUCGCAUGCAGGAGUUGUUCAACGACGAGUACUACAACGUGGACGAGGGCGAGGAGAAGCCAGAGUGUCCCUCGGACAUUGAUGAGCUGGCCUUGGAGGACUGGGACAACUAUGAUCCCAAGAAGCACAAGGACGACCAGGGGGACGACGACUACGAAGGUCAUUGCGAAGACGAGGACUUCAAUAUGGACUGCGACUAUGAUCCCGCCGCCGCCAAGCAGCAGCUGCAGCAGGAGCUGAUUGAGAACACGAGGGGCCGAAAGGGUCGCAAGGGCCGACGAAAUCGAUUUAUGGAAAUGAUCCAGGCUGAGAAGCCGGCUUUUGAUCCAGAAGACGAGAAGACCUAUGGGGAAUACAUCGACGAGUAUUACCAAAUGGACUGUGAGGACAUUAUUGGGGAUCAGCCGUGCCGAUUUAAGUAUGUGGAGACCACGCCCAACGACUUUGGCCUGACGAUAGAAGAGAUCCUUCUGGCCAAAAACAAGGAGCUCAACCAAUGGGCUAGCCUCAAGAAGGCUGUCCAGACCAGGCCCGAGCAUGUGGAGAAAAAGGAGCAGCGCCUCUACAAGAUGAAGGCCAAAAACGAGGAUCUUAAAAGGAAGAUUUUCAAAAGUCUAUACGGGGAGGGCUCCGAUGAUGAAGACCAGCCUGAAGAAGAGAGUCCUGCCCAGGUGGAAGGUGAAACAUCUACUCAGCCGGAAGCACCACAACCUCCCUCGGAGCCCUUGUCGAAAUCGAAGAGGAAACGCUUGAAACGGAAGGCCGCGGCAGUAGCGGCAGCCAGUUCCAGAAAGACCACCACGGAAGAGGCCAAGGAGUCAGAGGAACCAUCGAACUCCCCGGAGAGCUCAAAGAAAGAAGAGGAACCCGCAUCUAAGAAGAGCAAAAAUCAGGACCAGAAACUCCAAGGACCUGCCCCUAAAAGAAACAAUACUCCCAAGCAAGCUAAGGCGGGUUCUGGAGAAGCCGCCGAAGGACAGGCGCCGAAACAGGUGCAAGAGAAACCGAAGGGGAACAAUCCGUUUAACAAGAAUUCCAACAAGUCCAAUAAAGACUCAAGGGAGACGCCUCAAGGACCUGCCAGACAAACGCAAAAUAAGUUCAACAAAAGAAAGGCAGAUUCUAAAGAUGUCGCCAAUGGAAACCCUGAGAAGCCCAAUGGAAAUAAUCCGUUCCAUAAAAAAACCAGCGGACCUAGUCAGGAUCAAAAGCCACUGGCCACCAAUAACUUCAAGGGCAAGGCAAGAAAUGGAGGCAGUGAUGCCAAAGGCAAUCCUUUCAAGAAAUCGAAUCAAGCCUCCAGCACAUCCUUCCCAGCCAAGAAAACGAAUAACUUCAAGGCGAAGAACAGGAUGAACAAAAAUCCCAACGGCAUAACCGACGAUCGGCUGAAGGCUUACGGCAUCAAUCCCCGGAAGUUCCAUAAACGGGAGAAGUACGGGAAAAAGGACACAUAAUAUUAGCUAUAGUUUUACUUAUGUACAUAUGAUAACACAUUAAAAACCGGCACGACACAUUUGAA